AAGGAAGAGGUGAAUGAAUUUGUUUUGACCGGUGUUCUUAGUGCCUUAGCUCUUCCUGAGUUUGUUGGUACUGGUAAGCAAAUUCAUUGUCUUGCAGUGAAAAAUGGUUUGAUAUCUUUCGUUUCUGUUGACAAUGCGCUUGUAUCCAUGUAUGCAAAAUGUGGGAGCUUAGAUGAUGCACUUAGAACUUUCAAAAUGUCUGGUGAUAAGAAUUCUAUCACAUGGUCUGCCAUGAUAACUGGUUUUGCACAAAGUGGGGAUUCUCAAAAGGCUUUGGACUUGUUUUCACAUAUGCAUUUUUCUGGGGUUAUGCCAAGUGAGUUUACAUUUGUUGGAGUCAUCAAUGCUUGUAGCGACAUCGGUGCUCUUGAAGAAGGAAAGCAAGUGCAUAGCUAUUCAUUAAAGUUGGGCUUCGAAUUCCAAAUAUAUAUAAUGACAGCUUUGGUUGACAUGUAUGCCAAAUGUGGUAAUGUUAGUGAUGCUCGUAAGGGGUUUGAUUAUUUAAGAGAACCUGAUAUUGUUCUUUGGACUUCUAUGAUUGGAGGGUAUGUGCAAAAUGGAGAGAAUGAAGCUGCUUUGACUUUGUAUUGCAUAAUGCAGAGCGAAGGAAUGAUGCCCAAUGAACUAACUAUGGCUAGUGUCCUAAAGGCAUGUUCUAGUCUAAGUGCUUUUGAACAAGGAAGGCAAAUCCACGCACGUACCAUCAAGUAUGGAUUCAGUCUUGAAGUUCCAAUUGGAAGUGCUCUUUCAACCAUGUAUGCAAAGUGUGGGAAUUUGGAAGAUGGGAAUCUGGUGUUUAGGAGGAUGCCAAUGCGGGAUACAGUAUCUUGGAAUGCAAUGAUAUCUGGGCUUUCACAAAAUGGGAGGGGUACAGAGGCUCUAGAGCUCUUUGAGGAGAUGCGAUUGGAGGGCGCAAAGCCGGACUACAUCACAUUUGUGAAUGUUCUCUCUGCUUGCAGCCAUAUGGGAUUAGUCGAGAGGGGGUGGAUUUAUUUCAACCUGAUGUCUAAUGAAUUUGGCAUAGGCCCAAGGGUGGACCAUUAUGCUUGCAUGGUUGAUGUAUUGAGCCGUGCUGGGAAGUUAGAUGAAGCCAAAGAGUUUAUAGAAUCAGCCACUGUUGAUCAUGGUAUGUGUUUAUGGCGUAUUCUAUUAAGUGCUUGUCGGAACUAUCAUAAUUACGAAUUGGGAGCCUAUGUUGGAGAGAAGUUAAUGGAGUUAGGCUCACAAGAAUCAUCAGCUUAUGUGUUGUUGUCAAGCAUAUAUACUGCCUUGGGCAGGAGUAAAGAUGUUGAGCGGGUAAGGAGUCUGAUGAAAUUUAGAGGGGUGAGCAAAGAGCCUGGGUGUAGCUGGAUUGAGUUGAAGAGUCAGGUUCAUGUAUUUGUUGUUGGUGAUGAGAUGCAUCCACAAAUUGAAAAUAUACGUCAUGAGAUCCGAAGGCUAAUUAAGCAUAUGAAGGAUAAAGAUUACCAACCGUCCUCUACCAUUUUUUGAAGUUCAUGAUAAGUUAUUCAGCAGGUACCUGCAUCAACAUUCCACUAUUCUUCAGCAAUUUUUGUUUGACUCUUUUACCUGGAAAUUAAUAAGAGGGGAAAAAAAAAGUA